AUGGGCGUGAACGCCGCUUCUCUCCUCAGUCAUCUUCUCCGCAGCACCCACAAGUCCACCUCACUCCCCACAGACGCCAAAACAUUAACCAAAACAAUCCUCUCUCACCUCAACACCGGCCGCCUCGGAAAAGCCGUGUCCAUUCUCUUCGCCUUUCCAGAAUCUUUCGAUUUUUCUCUCUACGCUCAUCUCUUCAAAAUUUGCGCUUCAAAUCGAGCCAUUGUCGAGGUCCGAAAGCUUGAGUCUCAUUUGUUCACAUUCAAUCCAUACCCACCAGUUUUUUUGUUGAAUAGGGCCAUUGAGGCCUAUGGAAAAUGUGGGUGUUUGGAUGAUGCUAGAGAGUUGUUUGACGAAAUGCCUCACAAAGAUGGCGGGUCUUGGAAUUCGCUGAUUAUCGCAUAUUCCCAAAAUGGGUUUCCUGAGAAAGCGUUAAAUUUGUUUCUUAAUAUGAACAAUGGCGGAAUAAUCGCUAAUGAGAUUACAUUUGCUAGUGUUCUUGGGUCUUGUGGUGAUGUUUUGGCUCUUUGUUUUUCGAGGCAAAUACAUGGGCUUGUUUUGAAAUAUGGGUUUUGUGGGAAUGUGAUUCUAGGGAGUUCACUUGUGGAUAUAUAUGGGAAAUGCAGGAUCAUGAGUGAUGCAAGGAGAAUGUUUGAUGAAAUCGAGAACCCGAAUGCCGUUUCUUGGAAUGUGAUUGUCAGGAGGUAUUUUGACAUGGGUGAUGGAAAGACUGCUGUGUUUAUGUUUUUUGAGAUGAUCAAGACAAAUCUAAGGCCAUUGAGUUUUACGGUGUCAAAUGCCCUUAUUGCCUGUACAAGUAUUUAUGCACUUAAGGAAGGGGUUCAAAUUCAUGGAGUUGCUAUUAAGAUUAAUGUUGAAGAAGACGAGAUUGUUUCAAGCUCUCUCAUUGAUUUGUAUGCAAAAUGUGGAGAAUUGGUGAGUGCUCACAUCAUUUUUGACCUUCCUAGUUCGAAAAAUUUGAUUAAUUGGACAUCCAUGGUUUCGGCAUAUGCAAUGAGUGGGAGAACUCGAGAGGCAAGGGAGCUCUUUAAUGAAAUGCCAGAGAGGAACGUGAUCACAUGGAAUGCAAUGUUGACAGGGUACAAGCAUUCUUGUCAAUGGGAAGAGGCUUUGGAUUUUGUUUUUCUGAUGCGCAAAGUGACUAGAGAUGUUGACCAUGUCACUCUUGGAUUGAUCCUUAAUCUGUCCGCUGCCCUUUUAGAUGUUGAAUUGGGGAAACAAGUACAUGGAUUUGCCUAUAGGCAUGGUUUUCACUCCAAUCUUCUUGUUGGCAAUGCCCUUCUAGACAUGUAUGGAAAAUGUGGGACCUUGAGAAGUGCUAGAUAUUUGUUCUAUGACCUGAUUGGUUCACGAGACAAGGUUUCUUGGAAUUCUCUGCUGACUAGCUAUGCCCAUCAUCAGAUGAGUGAAGAAGCAAUAUUGUUGGUCUGGAAGAUUCUAGGGGAGACAACACCAAGUAAGUAUACAUUUGGAACUCUUUUGGCUGCUUGUGCAAAUAUUUUUGCACUUGAGGCAGGCAAACAAAUCCAUGGCUUUAUGAUUAGAAAUGGUUAUGAGAUAGAUAUUGUUGUCAGAGGAGCUUUACUUGACAUGUACUCCAAAUGCCGUUGUCUUGAGUAUGCUCUCAAGGUCUUUAAAGAGGCAACUGCACGUGAUCUGAUUCUGUGGAACUCCAUUCUGUUGGGAUGCUGUCACAAUAAAAAGGGUGAAAAGGUACUUGAACUGUUUGAGUUGAUGGAGAAGGAGGGUGUCGUCAAGCCUGACCAUAUCACCUUUAAAGGUAUCUUGCUUGCUUGUAUUUGUGAGGGUCGUGUUGAGUUGGCUAGGCAUUAUUUUAACUUAAUGAGCCAGCAAUACUGUAUAAUACCUCGGCUGGAGCACUAUGAGUCCAUGAUUGAGCUUUAUAGUCGGUAUGGGUUCAUGGAUGAGCUCAAGGAUUUUGUUAAGAAGAUGCCCUUUGAGCUCACUGCUCCAAUGUUGACUAGAGUGUUUGAUGCCUGUCGAGAACACAGGUGUUCCAGGUUAGGAAAAUGGGCAGCUGAUCGACUUAAUGAAUUGAAUCCUACAGUUCCAUUCCGUUUCGAAAUCAUGGAUAAGACCUGA